AUGGUGACGGCCAAGAAGGGGAAAAAAUUUAAACGGGGGGUAAAAAAAGAAGGCAGCAAACACGCAAAAGCAAAGGAGGGUAAACCAAAGACUGCAAAGCAACAUGAAGAACAAAUUGUCCAAAAAACAAACAUAAUUGCAAUUAAGAAAAGUGGAAUGAACUCCGUUUUCAAAUCGCUAUGUCGAGAUUUAGCUGAAGUGUUCUCCCCAUAUUCGGUAACUUUAUACAUAAACAAAUUAAAAAAUUUAACCGAGUUAAAGAAAAAACUGAAGGAGUUAUGCUAUAAAUAUACAAUUAGCAUACACAUAAGCAACAAAAAAUUGAUGUAUAAUAUUACGAGCAAUUACACCAAGCUGACAUUAACAUUUAUCAUUCAGAGUUUCACCAAUGCAUCCGUGGUUAGGUCUAAUAAAAUUCCCAAAUUUGCUUCUCACAAUUUUAGCAAAUUUAGGCCUUUACUCAUUUUGAAAAACUUCAAUAAUUCUGCAAAUCCGGAGAUGCUAAAUUAUUUAAUCAUUAUACAAAAUAUACUGAAAAAUAUGUUCCCCAAUAUAAAUCUCAGAGCGGACGACGAGCACAAACCUAAGAGAGUCAUACUAUACAGCUACAACAGCGCCGAUGAAACUAUCUACUUUCGCCAAUAUGUGACAAAUUUAAGACAAAAAUCGGUUAAGGAAAUAAUAAAUGAGGCAUACCGAAAUGAUAGCCUGGGGGAGUAUAACAACAUGUACAAUUUUUUAUCCAACCAAAUAGACCUGAAUAGUGCUAAAAAGGAGGAAGAAAACGAAAUGGUGGAAGUAGGACCGCGCGUUAGCUUCAAGAUUUUUAAAAUUGCCGAUCAGGACAAAGUUAUAUACUCGAUGAUAAAUCAGAAGUGA